AUGAACAGUCUGACGGUAGUUGCAGAACUACCGCAACAAACAGUGUGGCGUUCACAACUUUACAAUCAUUCGAAUACCGAGCAGCGUGACUGUUCUCCUGAAGCCACAGGAUACCCAGUGCCUUACAUGAACGGCCGGAUCGUCGAUGCUACCAAACGUUUGGCAUACCCAGUGCCUUACAUGAACGGCCGGAUCGUCGAUGCUACCAAACGUUUGACACAAACUAUCGCCGAGUCGCUGCUGCCUCCUUACAACUAUUGCGCUGCAGAUACACUGCGCAACCUGCUCAGUGCGGUCGGCUCUCAAGUCUGA